CGGGCCACAAGAUUACACAGAAAUCGUAACAGAGAUGCAUCUCUGACCGGUUGGGGAGCAGCAUGUAACGGGGAGCGUACUGGUGGAUUUUGGAGUUCAGAUGAAGCCCAAAAUCAUAUCAAUUAUCUAGAAUUGAGAGCGGCUUUUAUUGCCUUAAAAUGCUUUGCUAAUAACUUUACAAAUAAAGAAAUAUUAUUAAGAAUAGAUAAUACGACAGCCAUAUCAUACAUAAAUAGAAUGGGAGGAGUCCAAUAUCCACACCUUAAUGAUAUCAGUCGCAAUAUAUGGCAAUGGUGUGAAGAACGUAAGCUUUUUAUUUUUGCUUCAUAUAUAAAAUCAAAAGAGAAUAUCGAGGCCGAUCUAGAGUCUCGGUGCACUAAUAUUGAUACAGAGUGGGAAUUGUCAGGUUUAGCUUUUGACCGAAUAAUUUUUGAAUUUGGACACCCGGAAAUAGACUUGUUUGCUACCCGUCUUAAUGCUAAAUGUCAAAAAUAUGUGUCGUGGAAACGUGACCCACACGCUUUUAAUAUUGACGCAUUUACAUUGCACUGGGGGCAUUAUUUUUUCUAUGCUUUUCCACCUUUCAGUCUCAUCUUGAAAUGCCUUCGAAAAAUAAUAGAUAAUAAAGCUCAAGGCAUUAUGGUGGUCCCGUACUGGCCGAGUCAACCCUGGUAUCCGUUAUAUAUCUCACUGCAAAUAGCAAAACCAGUACACUUCUUGCCACAAAGUCAGCUUCUCUUAUCUCCUUGCAGGACACGGCAUCCUCUAUGGCGGAGCCUUACCCUGGUGUCAUCAGUUUUAUCAGGCGAGCAUUUUCCCAACAGAAUCUAACCCCAGAAACUAUAGAUAUAAUGAUAGCUUCUUUGUCAGAAAGUUCCUUAAAACAAUAUAAUAGCGCAUACAAAAAAUGGUGGCUAUUUUGUAAUACAAAUAAAAUUGCUGAUUGUUUUUCAGUGUCUAUUCCAUUCAUACUAAAGUUUUUUACAACAUUGUUCGACGCUGGGGCAGGCUAUUCUACUUUAAAUACCUAUCGUUCGGCCUUAUCAUUAGUUCUAGGAAAAAAUGUGGGUUCACACGACUACAUAAUCAGAUUUCUCAAAGGAGUUUUCAAAAAGAAGCCAUGUUUUCCAAAAUACCAGUGUACUUGGGACACAAACCUUGUUCUAGAUUUCAUUUCCAAUUGGUAUCCUAAUGAGGACUUACCUUUAGACCAAUUAACAAAAAAAUUGGUGACUCUGCUCGCAUUGUCAACUGCACAACGAGUCCAGACGUUGUCAAUAAUUAACAUAUGUAAUAUUGCUUUCAAUGAAUCUAAUGUAAUAAUUAUAAUAGAUAAUCUAAUUAAGACCUCAGCACCUGGAAAACAAAUGCCUAGACUAAGUAUUCCUUUCUUCCCCAACAGACCGGAAAUCUGUCCGGCAAAAACCUUAGUGUCGUAUAUAAAUUCCACAAAAUUACUUCGAGACGGCCAGAAUUCAGAUAAGCUCAUUCUCACUACCAAAAGACCCUUCCAUAACGCGACUGCAUCUACGAUUAGUCGCUGGAUUAAAUUGGUGUUAUCCGAAAGUGGUAUAAACACCUCUAUAUUCACAGCACAUAGUGCUCGACAUGCUUCUACAUCAGCGGCUAAUCGUAGAGGCGUUUCGGUAGACAUAAUAAAACAGACUGCAGGCUGGUCUGGCAACUCGUUAAUUUUUGGAAAAUUCUACAAUAGACCUCUUGAACAGAAUAAUGAUAAUGUUUUCGCACAAGCUAUCUUUGAGGAUUGUUAAAGAGUAAAAAUUAAAAAAUCU